GAUGUAGGCAGGCAAAUUUAUGGACUAUCACAUGCUGAAGAAUGAACCUUCGAGACUUUCCACUAUACCUCAUGGAAACUUUGAAAUUCUGGAGCUCACUACAUGAAUACAUUGUUGUGUUUAUGUUCCUUAUAAUGGUCAGCAAAGGGUCAGCAUGUGAGGCUCCUUCCAGUCCUGAGUGCUUCAAAAGAAACACUACUGAGUCUGUUUAUAUUUGUGAAUGGAGCAUGAAUACAACUGAAAGCAAUGUGAUAUUUUACAUUCACUUUAAUAAAACAAAGUUCAAGAGCUUAAAGAAAACGUAUGACCUCGGGGAGGAAUUUAUCAGGUUCAGAUAUCGUGCUCAUCUCAUUUGGGUGGAAGCUCGAGUAGGAAACUCCAGCUGCAUGUCAACCAGGAGGUCUGUCAUACUGGCUCACACAGUUAAGUAUGAAGCACCUCAAAAUAUUUCCAUGUCCUGGUUUAAAAACAAUCUCAACUUAAGAUGGAUAGCGGCAGAGACCUAUCCAGCUUUAGCCGAGAUCAGAUUCAGACUCAACGAACGCCCCACAGAAUCAUGGGAAAAAUUACAGAGGACAACAACUACCACCAGCAACACUUCAAUGUACAAUGUUAUUGUUGCGAAUCUGUUGAAGGAUUCAGUUUACCAGGUUCAAAUCAGACAGCGGUCCACUCAGGCCCUUAACCCACUGUGGAGCGACUGGUCUCCAGUUGUGACUGUUCCUGCAGAACUUGAACAGAAACCUGAAGUCACCAUGAUGACAUGGCUUUUAAAUGGCACUCGAAAAGUGACGCUAACGUGGAAGCCGAUGCCAUAUGCAGCUGCAGUCAUGGGAGUGGUUUACAACCUGACAGACACACAGUCUUCUCUUGGAUGUCCCUGCAAGAAAAAAGGACAUCUUAUCAACACGAGUAAACACACUACUUUUGUCUCGUUAUCUGCCAUCAACAUCACUGUAAUCGCCAGAAACACAGCAGGGUAUUCUCCACCAGCAAUCAUACAAGUACCGGCCGAACCUGCUGCAGAUUUAAAAAUUUGUGACAAUACGUUACUGGAUAAGAAACUAAAUAAGAAAACUUGCCUUGAGUGGCACGAGCUUCCAGAUGGAGAUUCAAGGACAGAAAAUGUGAUCACCUUAACAGCAAGGAUGAAGAAAAUGGACAGGGAGAAAAUGAGAACGAACAUAAAGGACUAUGUUCGGUACCUUUACUUUGAACACAGAUGUGAAGGCGGUUGGAAACCACAGACAGUCAAAAUGUGCCUCUUUUAUCAAAAAGAGGGCGUUCCACUCAGAGAACCUCAGGAACUAGCGUUUAGUGCAACACACACAUCUGUUGACUUGUCUUGGAAAGCGAUUCCCUCUGUGGACCAGCGAGGUUUCCUUACACACUACAUCCUCUGUAGCGUGAAGUUCAGCUCACAGGAUAAUCAGAAAGAGUGCAGUAACAUAUCAGCCUCUCUGAUUAAACACCAUCUGGAAAACUUGACACCGGGAACGAAAUACAACAUCAGCCUGGUUGGAGUGACACGUGUGGGAGCAGGACCUGAAGCCACAGUCAUUAUCAACACGCUCCCUGAGAAGCCUGUCAAUGUGUGGUGGAGUCUGGGCUUGCUGUUACUGUUCUUUUUCUUAACAACAAUGUGCACCUGCAUCUUAAAGAGAAUCAAAAGCCAGAUCUUCCCUCCUGUGCCGACACCUGUUAUUCCAGAUUUCAUCCCUUAUCAACCAGAGAGUCAGGAGUUUCUGGAGGGAAAGGAGGAGGUGCACGAGCUUACACUGCACAACCAUCCAGAGGCCAAGUCUGUCCCUGAGGACGCAGGUGAGACCACUGUCCUCAGGGGAGAGUGGGAUGACAACAGUGACGAGGACGUGGAUGACAGCAUUGAUUCAAGGAUGUCGGAAGGAAUCGGUGAUGAGUGUCCCGGCUCCACAGAUGAGGCACUGAGGAGUUCCAGAGAAGAAGAAAUUAAUGAUCUCGAACAAGUGGAGAACGAGAUCGCCAUGCUGAUAUACAGGAAUGGUUUAGUCUUCGAUUUGAAGACAGACUCGCCUUAAAAUGGAUUUAAAUGAGGGUUUAACUGCCUCACAGCACACAAUUGUAUACUAAAGACUGAACCAAAACUUUUCUUGUUAAAACAUUUUCAUCUUUUUGAACAUGUCUUUAUUUUGUAAUGUUGGAUGAAAAAAGACUUGAAGAAUAAUUUUAUUUCAUUUUUUUAAUGUUCAUGUAUGUUGAAUUUUGCCAGUGACUUUUUUUUAUCUAAGCAUGCCGGAUAUGAGAGCAGGAGGGUUUAUCGCUCACAGUCGUUGUCAAUAAACUUGUUUCUGUUGAUGGCCAAUCCUGGUUUAGACUUUUUUAUUUAGGUGUUGGACAAAAAGAUUCUCAACAACUAUUGGAUGGAUUUCCAUUAAAUUUCGUUCAGACAUUUAUGAUCCCUAGAUGAAUCCUAAGGACUUUAAUCGUUUUCUUUCACCAGAAGGUCAAAGUUUGACUUACCCUGUGGAAUAUUUUGAUAUCUACCCGAUGAAUUGGCACAACAUUUUGUAUAGACAUUUAUGGUCCCCAGAGGAUGAAUUCUAUUGACUUUGAUCGCCUGACUUUGAUGUAAUUACACCAGCGGGUAAACGCUUUUGAUUGUGAGUGAAUACUCUCAAGUAUUUGG